GCACGUAUCAGAUACGAGCACAUCCGUAUCACUUCGAGUUUGGUAUUCGUCUCAAUGAAUCAGUCGUUCGUGUGCAUGAAAAAUUUAUAUUAUUGGUAUUUUACAAAUUUUCCAAUUUAAUCCUUAAGAAAUGAAGGCGACUACGACUUGUUUUGCUUUAGUGAUUAUACUUUCAGUAUUCAUCUCUGUUGACGGGUCAGACGGGUUCAAAUAUCUCGGCUACAAAAAUUGUCGAAAAUGGAGUGCUAGACGUUUAUUCGGAGAAAAAAAUAUGCUUAUGAAAUUCCUCAACACAACCGGCGAAGUACUCAAGAAAAAAAAUACAACUGAUUACACGGUCGAUAAUUGGUUAUGGUAUUUUCGAAGAGAUUUGAGAAGCGCGUUUGCUGUUGGGACCAUAUAUUUGAGACUCAUGGAUCAAUAUAAUUCAAAAAAUACCACCAAAUUGACUCAGGAUGAUCAUACAGUCAUUCAAAAUGCUGUUAAAACUCUCGUUAACGAAUAUCAUAAUCAGGACUCGUUUGCUCUUUGGGUAGGAGACGAUCAAGGAGGCACUAUCACGGCUGCUAUUUAUAAAUACGUGGGAGGUGAUCCUAUUUCGCUACUCGGACCCCCCAAUAAUCCAGAUGACGUCAUGUCUGAUAUCAUUUAUCCAACAGAAAAGCCUGAUACGUAGUGAUUGAGGGGAAAAGACGAUCGUCAAAUAUAGAAGACGAAGAGCAGUCACUUCUGAAACUUACCGUAUGCGUGAACAUUAACUUCUCUAAACCAAAGACAUUCCCCUUACCUUGGAAGUGAAAAAGAAUGCAACGACUGACUCUUUAUUGUACAAAUUUCAAAAUAGAUAAUUAUUUUAAAUAUUCCAUUAUGAUAAAUAAGAACUGUAUAAGGUCACUCGAUUUCACAUUAUUGAAAAAAACUGUCAAAAAAGUUUCAAAAAUAUAAUUUUUCCUGACUUUUUAUAGAAAGAGACGGCUCGUAUUUUUUAAAAGUUCAAAUUUUAUCACACCCCCCCCCCUCCAGCGAACAAACUCGGUUCUCUGCAAAAAUUACUCUCAUGACAUUUUUGAGUAAAAUUAGAACCACAGCGAGUUAGAAAGGAGGGGGGGGGGAGUUCGAGGUGACCCAAAAUUUAAAAAAUUAAUACUUCAUUCGUUUUCAAAAAUUUUAUGGUCACGUUGACCUGACUUUUUCGGUUUCAAAAGGUAAAUAAAAUGCUCAAAUCUGAAAGAAAUAUUAAUUUAAAAAAUUUUAGCAUUCAGAAUUUGAAAAUAUUCUCAGGUUUUUCCUCCUUAAAGAUCACCUCCAGUCAUCGAAGGAUUCCAAAAAAAAUGAUGAAAACGACCUUGAAAAUUAAAUUUCAAAAUGAGCUUUCGUACCAAUUUCGUUCGCAAAAGCGUCAACUUUUUGUUCCUUAUCGAGUGCAGAACUGAAGAACGAACAUUUUUCAUGACUCAGACGCCUAUUUCCUUUUCGAAUAGGCUACAUUAAGAUAUGCAAAUUUUCUCUUAGCAAAUAAUUAUCUACCAAGUAUUUUAAAUCUUCUCCGUUUGUGUUUCAUUUCAUGAAAUCCAUAAACUGCGCGUAUAUUUUACAAGAAUAAAAUGGUAAUUGCCGAAACGAAGUAGUUUGAGAAAUACGAGUAUUUCGCCAGCUUUUGGCAUUACUCGAAAGAAGUUUUAUUUUUUCAAAUGUUAGUUAAUUGAGCGAUGAAUUUUGUAAUUUUUCAAGGCAAAUCGUACACACAAGUGGAAGUGUUACUCUAUAAAGUAGGUACAAAUUCGAUGUGUUUUCAAAUCUGCCUACUUGUUUUUUAGAUUGGAAAUACCCUACAUUUUACAGUUGGAUUGUAUUCACAUAUUUAUUAUCUUUGUCGUUGUUAAAGGUAUCUAAAAAUGAUGAAUUUUACUCGACUAUAAAGUUGGUUUAUUGUAUUAAAUAUUUCACCGUC